GUUCCGAGAUGAAUUCGUCUGACGACCUCGAUCGACUUGUCAACCAGCAACCAGAUUGUAAGAUCUGAUAUCGUCCUCGUCAACCAGCAACCAGACCAGCGAGACCGCUUCUCACCUGAUCUUCCUGAGCACGACGAUUGAGCAUCAUGUGGUCGACCCGCACACACAUACCCGUACCCAUCUCGUCCGUCCUCCGGCGUUCGACGCAAUCGCCAUUAUUGGGAAGACCACCUCGAUUACCACAACAAUCACAAUCACGAUCACAACUAUACCAACACCAACACCAACACUUCUCAUUUACCAGGAACCUUACCUCACGGGCACGGGUCUCUCCCGAUGCGUCUUUUUUCGCUUCUAAUUCUGGGCCUAUCGACAAGCUCGACAAGGCGGCCUCAAGGUCGAAAGGUCUUCUUGCACUCGCCGUAGCUUUGGUGAUCGGAACGACAAUGACCGCCACAGCCUAUAGCUAUACUACCACCACAAUCUCUAUACCUCCUGUUAAUGUUGUGUAUGCGGAUACGGACUCCACCGCAGUAGGCCACUAUUCCGAUGCCAGUACUUCCACCUCAAAAACUUCCACCUCCGAGACCUCUGAACUUUCAAAGGACGAUCAAUACCCAGACGCACACCGAUACGCCUCCCCUUCAACCCGCCUCAAAGCCAUCGCCGACCUCCGCCUCCUCUUCCCUUCCCACCCAAACCCCACAACCGGCACAAUAGAAUCACAACUCAGCGUUAAUAAAGACGAACUCCUCUCACACGCCCAAGCCGGUGGGACGCACCACCACCCCCACACCCCGGACGUCGUAGUCUACGUGGAGUCGACGGAAGAUGUGCAGAAGUGUGUGAGGUGGGCGGGGGAGUGGGGGGUUCCGGUCGUUCCUUAUUCUGGCGGCACAUCGCUGGAGGGACACAUCACCGCGCCGUAUGGAGGGUUGUGUAUCGAUCUGAGCCGGAUGGACAAGAUCUUGGAGUUGAACCUCGAAGACUCGGACAUGGUCGUACAAUCCGGUGUACCCUGGGAAGAGAUCAAUUCGCACCUCGCCUCCCUGUCUCAUCCGCUCUUUUUCCCCCUGGACCCGGGCCCGGGGGCGACGAUAGGAGGGAUGAUCGGGACGGGGUGUAGUGGAACGAACGCUUGUCGGUAUGGAACGGCCAGGGGGGAGUGGGUGCUGAAUGUGACGGCGGUCUUGGCAGACGGGGAGGUCAUCAAAACACGUCAACGAGCGCGCAAAUCGUCGGCCGGGUUCGACCUGACCAAGAUGUUCGUCGGCGCCGAAGGGACUUUGGGAAUCAUUACCGAAGCCACCAUUCGACUAGCGCCGCUUCUACCCACGACGGUGGCCAUCGCCGGCUUCCCUAGCGUCGAACACGCCGUCAAGGCCGUCGGAGAGGUGAUCAACUCAGGUGUACCUAUCCAAUGCGUCGAGCUGUGUGACACACUCACGAUGAAGGCACUUCGGGAUCACGGUGGCCUGACACUGGAACUCCCGCACCAAGACUCAAUCUUUUUCAAGUUUCAAGGCAACCCGCAAGCGAUGAAAGAAGCUCAGGAACUCACCAAGGCCAUCGCAAAGAAACACGGCGGCGGGGAGAUGAUCUUUGCCAAAGACGAAGAGGAAAGCAAGGAGUUGUGGUCGAUCAGGAAGAAUGCGCAUUGGAGCAUGUUGGCGCUCGUCGAGGGUGGACAGGCGUAUUCGACCGACGUCUGCGUGCCGGUCUCCAAGUUGCCACAACUGUGUGCGGAGACGCAAGCCGACCUAAAAGCGAACGGGAUCGUCGGUCCGCUCCUGGGACACGUCGGCGACGGAAACUUUCACUGCGGCCUGAUCUUCCUCCCGCAAGACUUUAAGAAGGUGGACGAGGCUGCCCAUCGGAUGGUCGAUAGGGCCAUCGCGCUGGGUGGGACUUGUACAGGUGAACAUGGAGUUGGGGUCGGGAAAAAGGGCUACUUGCGGCGCGAACUCGGAGACGGGACGGUCGAGGUGAUGAAACGCUUGAAGAGGGCUAUGGAUCCGAAGGGGAUCUUGAACCCAGGGAAACUGUACCCCGAUUAGAUCGAAAUCAAGGACGGAUGGUCGCUCAUGCAGAGACAAUACAAGCUACAAGGUAGCGAACCGGACAGGGGAUUCUAUUCGGCGGACACUGAGAUUAUUGGGAAAUAGGGCGUGGAGUGAAAAUGAUGUGAUGCUAUUCUCGAGAAGAUGUAGCGCGGUCAUCUUAAGCGAUUUAUGAUCUGAAGAGGAAAUUGUCGUUGAGAUCAGUUGAAGAGUCGAUGUGAUGCAGCGGUCAUGCGCCGAGCUUGAUGGUGGGUCCGUAAAACCGACUCCAUGCGGCUGUCACGGAAACGUUUC